UAGUAAACACCGACAGUGCGCGAGACCUUCAGUGUUGGCUAACCCUAGCGCGCGACGCUUUAGUAUAGUUUGGUGUUUAUUCUGGCGUUUAAAACCAGUGGUUUUUCUUUUCCAUCUAAGGGCGAGUGUUUACACAACAUACACCGAGCUGUGAAUUAGCUUUAGCAUUAGCCUGUUAGCUCCAUCCACCUACAUACUUCAGACUCUAGAGCUAAUGUUAACGCUGGCUAGCUUAGACAGUCGGUCAACUCGCUAGUUCCGGUCGCCUGACUGAUGAUGUAUAUAUUAAUAUAGAUGUGUAUACAUGUUUAACGGAGUAUAUUCGGUCACUGGUGGUGAAGUUAGCCCGCAAGCUAAGAUAGCGCGAGCGCUAGCAGAUGUGUCAGGUUGUCCUUACAGCUCGCGCGCGCUCGCUCGCUCGCUUGCUGUCUCCACAUCCUCCAUCAUUUAACUACAUAACCCCCUGAAGUGUUCGAGUUCUUUUCCGGCUCAUUGUAACUUCUUCCCCUUCUGGAUGGUGGUGCUGAAGUGAACCUGGGAGGUGUCGGACGUAAAAUGGGCGACGAUCGACCUUUUGUGUGCCCCGCCCCCGGAUGUGGACAGCGGUUUACAAACGAAGACCACCUGGCAGUACAUAAACACAAACAUGAGAUGACGCUGAAGUUUGGACACACUCGAACUGACACGGUGAUUAUUGCAGAUCAGACCCCGACUCCCACCCGCUUCCUGAAGAACUGCGAGGAGGUGGGUUUAUUCAGUGAGCUCGAUGGCUCCUUCGAACACGAGCUCCGUAAAUCCCAGGAGGAGGAAGAGCGAAGAACCAAAAGCACGCUUUCUGCUGCUCCUCCCUCCGAGAUAAAGGAGCGAGACGGACCUCUGGAGAUCGACUCUUCUCCUCCGGACAGUCCUUCAUCUGUCUCCAGCAUGACCGACUCUAAAGACUCGGAGACGCUGGUGAAGGAACCCGUUCCCAUCAGGAAGAACAAGGAAGUGCCUCCAAGGACAGCAGCAGCAAGUGCCACGCCCACACCUACCAUCGUACGCCCUGGGUCACUCCCUCUGCAUUUAGGAUACGACUCUAUAAACCCCACUCAGCCGUCGCCCACGUCCGUCAUCACCCGGACUCCGCCCUCCAACAGGCUCAGUUCUCCCUCGGCUUCCUUUCCCAUGAUGAUGCAACUUCCUAACGGUCAGACUGUCCCUCUGCUUCCCAGUCCCGGACAAACAUCUGUCAUAUCAGUGGCCAGGUCAUCGAAUCCAGUACCCAAUAUUCCUGGAAUUCCCGGCCCUCCGCUUGGUGGAAGCAGCAGUGGCUCCUCCUCUCCGUCUGGAUACAACUCGCAUAACGAUGCCAAGAUGAGGCUGAAAGCUGCACUGUCACCUCAAAGUGUUAGCGGACCAAUACCAAGCCAGAAACCUGAACCCAGUGAGACUCUCUCACCUGCACAGCCACAGGUGUCUCCUGCAGCUCCGAGAGGUGGGCGUCGGCGUCGUGGGUCGGAGGUGGAGCCUGACGAGCGCAGACGCCGUUUUCUAGAGCGGAACCGAGCGGCUGCUUAUCGCUGCAGACAGAAAAGGAAAGUGUGGGUCAACGCCCUGGAAAAGCGCGCAGAGGAACUCGCCACUGCCAACGUCACACUCACGAAUGAAGUGUCUCUGCUCAGAUCUGAGGUGACGCGUCUAAAGGAGCUCCUGCUGGCUCAUAAAGACUGUCCCAUUACUGCCAUGCAAAAAAAAGCCUACCUGGCUGCAGGUGUGGACGAGAGCUCGGUAUCGGCGCUGGUUCUGCCCGUCUCGGUUCCGGCUCCGGUCUCCGUUAACGGACUGAGCGUGCGAGCGGCGGAGGCGGUGGCCGUAUUGGCGGGGAUGGGGUCGGGCCAGUGGAGCAGCGCAGGAGCAGGCGGAGACACGCCCACCCAAUCACAACCCACCUCCAGAUGAUGUCCAUGCGCUACGGCCAACGGGAAGGAGGCGUGGCUCAAGGAGGUGGGCGUGUCACAGGAGCGCAUUGUUCUUGAACUGUUGAAACCACUCCCCGCUUUUCACUCUCACCGUUUUCUCCUGACUUAAGUGUGUGACGUGUCACGUGAUGUCGCUGGCUGACUAUACAGACUCGGACGCACUGCAGGAAAACACACACACACACACAGAGAGAGAGAGCGCGAGCGAGCUCAUAUCCUGUACUUUCUCAUGUUACAUUUUUAUAACUCUGAUAUAUUUCUUUGGUGUUUGUGACUGCAUGAUUCGUUCAGACCAGUUCACACGAGCAGGUGACAAGUCGCUCAUGUCGCAUGUGGGCGUGGCCUGUCCUGCGUUCCUGUGGGAAACGGAGAACGCUCUGAUCAGUGUGCAAAUCGAAACGGUUGUGUGAUUUUACAUGUCGCGCUCGGCUUCGUUCUCAGAUUAGAUUAGCAAAGCAAGCUCACGUACGCUCACCAAAGAUCUCUGCUCCUUCCUCCCAAGCUUUAUUUUUCCUCGCUAUCGAGAGGGCGGAUAUGACCGGAGAAGACGAAACCAUGGUUAUGCGUUUUUCUUCUGUUUUUGCGAGAAAUAAUCGCAGGUCGGACCUGAAUUUUGCCACAGGAUCGUUCGAGUGAUUUUACCGCAUCGUACCAAGUUUGUAAAGAAAUCUCGAUUCAGAAGUUGCUGAAAUCUCCGUACGCAGAAAACGAACCCGUUGCCUUGUUGCUCGCUAGUAGUGUGAACGUAGGUUUAGACGCGUUAACGUGCUAGGCUCCACCUCUCUUCUCGCUGCACUUCCUUCUUUUUGUCCUAACAACUCAGAACAAUAAAAGUGGAAAUCCUUCCGUGGAGGAAGAGCGUGGAGGAAGAGCGGCGUAAUUUUAUACGAGUGUUAAUAUCGGUCGGUGUGUACGGCGCGUGUACGGCACGUGUACGGCACGUGUACGGCGCGUGUAUGGCUAGCGUAAGCCGCACACAGUCACAUUGUUUUUAACAAAAUGAUCUGCUUUUGUUUAUUUUGACAGUACAACAACUCGCAUCAUUUGUGUGAUUUACAGGUUUUAAAAUCAUUGUAGGAUCUCAGGACACACACACUCACACUCUUUUUAUAUAUAUAUAUAUAUAUAUAUAUAUAUAUAUAUAUAUAUAUAUAUAUAUAUAUAUAUAUAUAUAUAUAUAUCGUGAAAGGAUUAUCAUACAGCAAAUAUUAGGAAGAAACCAUGCUAAUCAUUAAAGCUAGCGCUAAUCACUAUUUAACUCGUUUUUGUUCACUUAAGUGCUUUGUUUGAGCAGUUAGUCAUAGCGACACAAUUUAAGAAUGAGUGAGUGUGUGUGUGUGUGUGUGUGUGUGUACAAUACAUAUGAGAAUUUAAUCUCGCUCAGACAGGAGCUGUAAGGUGUAAUGCUGAGCUUUUUCGUCAUCACACUUUGAUAAAGUUUUCAGUUAAAGUAUUUGUAAAUGUGUCGAAUUGCUCCUUUCAGAGACGGGACUACUUUUGUUUUGGUGUAGGGGUACCACAGAACCUUCAGGAAGUGUAAAGUAACCGGAACUACUUUCUGUUGGAAGGUUCUUGUCUGUAGUAAUCUCUCUCUCACACACACACACACGCACUCACACUACACCAAAUCCUCAUGCUCAAUAUUUAUUAUGUCUGUUCCGCCCCGCCCUCAUAUACAAUCGUGUGUGUGUGUGUGUGUGUGUGUGUGAGAGAUGUGCUUUAUGAAUAUGAAUGAAGAGCGUAUCCUUUGUGUGUAUCACGUGUGAGUGUCGCUCCUCGGCCGACUCUAGGGAGCUGUAAAUAUCAGUGAGUAUAUAAAAUAAUAAACGAGUGUCGCAGCAUCGCUGUCUGUAUAUGAACUAAAUGAAAUGGUCCUGAAGAUAUAUUGUAAUAAAUAAACAUUUGAUGGAACUCAGCAGAGUCGAGGGUUUUCACUUUGCAGCACUGUUCUCCACUCACGAACACCAACCUUCCUUAUUAAAUCGGGAUUUUGAGUUUAAUUUUUUUCUCAGGUUUGGAGAGUUUUAGUGAGCUUUGACCCAUGCGAUUUUAGAAUUGUGCCAGCAAUUUAUAGAAGGAAGUCUCAGGCACACAGUUUGCAUUUAUUACGUUUGCAUAUCUUCAUAUCUCUUUUCAGUACAGAGUUAUAAAUUACAUUGAAUUUUUAACACGCAAGUACACACGAGUCAUUGUGAACAUAUUUUAUAUUUCAAAUUGAAAAUUAAAUGUAAAUAAGUCGGAGAAGCAGCGGGGCCAGAACUGGGAAAAGUGGAAGGUUUUAGACUGGACAAGUCCAUCACCAGACCUUCACCCAACUGAUCAUCAUCUCACCUCCUGAAGAGGAGACUGCAGGGAGAAACCCCCCGAAACACACAACUACUGAAAGAAGCUGCAGGAGAAACCUGGAGAAGCUUCACAGAAGAAGAAACCAACAGUUUGGUGUCAGUGAGUCUCAGGAUUGAUGCAGUUACUACAAGCGACGGAUAUACAACCAAAUAUUAAGUGUUAUUCAUUUUAAUUUACUUCAAGACUGUCUGUUCCUAUACUUUUGCUCACCUAAAAAUUGAGUGGUCUGAUGCAAAGAAAUAAAAAUAAAAGCUGAAAUCCUAAA